AUGAUCGUAGAUAAUGCUUCCAGUACAUGUACAUGCACAACGUUUCAUUAUUCGUUGUUCACAUCUAUUCAUGUCUUUGUCAAUAAUAAUCAAAUUUCAAAACGAAAUGCUUGGGGGUUUACCAUUCUCAUCCUGCUGACUUUCAUUUGCCGAAAACAUGGAGAAACAAGUGUAGCCUCCAUGGAGGUUCCUAGAGAGAGAGAGAGAGAGAGUGUGUAUGUGACAAGACCUCGAUCUUUGUACAAAAGGGAUCCUGGAGCUCUUUUGCAUCAACCAGAGGGACCAAAUUCAGGCUACCUUGUACUUCAAGACCAAGAAGCUGAGACUUAUGGAUGUUUUGGUUUAUGCAAGAAGGGCAUCGGCAAUCUUCCAUUUCCACAAAACAGGAACUUAACAAUUGAUUAUGCAGUGAGUACUGGACAAAGUAGUGUGGUGUAUCAAGAUGCAGUUAUUUUCAUUCCUGUUCUGAAUCAGCCUUUGUCUUCUAAUCGCUACUACGUCAUGCUAAGGAAAGGGGAGCAUCAAGGUGAAGCAAGCACAUGUUCAAAAGAAGAAGACAUGGGAACAUGUUUGUGUUGCACCUACAUCAAAGAUGUCAAAUCAAGGCCUUUGAAUCCGCCUGGUGAAUAUCAACAAUUUGAGAUAAGGAAAACGAGAUGGGGAUUCCAAGGCAAGUCUAUCGUCUCAGAUGGGUUUGCUCCUCAGUUUUUGAGGAGAAAGGGUUGGACUCUGUCCACCAAGACACCACGCCAUUACCAAUUGGGUGAAGCUCUCGGCAUCAACCCCGCCUUGAGAGCCGUGUUGCCGCCCUUCACCUUCCCAUCAUCGUCGAAUUGCUCCCAGCCAGUGGUAGUCGGAAAAUGGUACAGCCCUUUCAUGUUUGUGAAGGAAGAAGGAGUGAGUGUGAAGGAGCAGAUGAAGAGGUCAGUGUUCUAUGAAAUGACACUUCAAAGAAGGUGGGACAGAGUUUUCUCUAAGGAAAACGAUGGGAAAAUUAAUGAAGUGCUUGUGGAUGUUGUGGUGAAAACUGAAGUUGCAGGGCUGGGAGAUGGUAGAGAAGCUGUUUGGGAGGAAGGAAAAGUUGGAGAAGAGGGUGUGAUGUGGUUUAAGAGUUUGGAGAGAGGAGAGAGAAAGGUAGGGUUGAGAAUGGAGAUUGUGGAGAGAAUGAGAUGGGAAGAAGAGAGAGCUGAUUGGGAGGGAAAGAAUAGUGGGAAGAAACAAGUGAGAUUUGAAAGAACAGAGAAAUUGGAGGGAUCAAGUGGAAUAGUGUGGAGGAAUUUUGGAUUCUACGUGUUGGUGGAAAGCUUCGUGUUGAAGAGAAUGGAUGGAAGCAUUGUAUUAACUUGUGAUUUUAGACACUCAAUCAUGUCAAGUGCACGUGGGAGUGAACUAGUAAUGAUUGUAAUAUUUUAUGUAUUUGAUUUCUGAAGUGUUUGUUGAUUAGUUAUACAGUUUGGUUUAAUUAUAAUAUUAUUUAUUCUUGUACUCGUAAGUGGUUUGCAAAGAGAUGUUGAAUUUAUGUAUGAAGAGUUUGAUUUAGUGGUUUGUAACUGAAUUUGAUAUUAUUCCAUCUUACUGUUGUAUUAAUAUAUCAAGUGCACGUGGGAGUAAAAAGUAAUGAUUACAAUAUUUUAUGUAUUUGAUUUCUGAAGUGUAUGUUUAAUAGUUAUACAGUUUGGUUUAAUUAUAAUAUUAUUUAAUCUUGUACUCACAAGUGGUUUGCAA